AUAUAUAUAUAUUGAUUAAAUUUCCAUAUCUGAAUCUCAAAAACAAAUUUAGAGAGAAGAGUUCAAAUUAUCAAUAAGGAGAAAAUCUAUGGAGGAUUUACCACCUGAGUUUCGUUUUUAUCCGACAGAAGAAGAGCUUAUCACCUUCUAUCUUCUGAACAAGCUUGAAGGAAAGAGAGAAGACCUUAACCUGGUCAUGGAUCGCGUGAUUCCUGUUCUUGAUAUCUAUGACUUCGAUCCAUGGGAUCUUCCGCAAUUAUCUGGAGACUUAUGUUAUAAAGACCCAGAACAGUGGUUUUUUUUCAACGCAAUACAAGAAAGGGAAUCCUGCGGAGGAAGACCUCAGUACUGAUACUGGAAGUCUACAGGCUCACCUGUUAUGUUUAUUUCAUUCCAAAAAUCAGAUGCCAUUGAUGAAAAGAUACAAUGCGUGUGCUACCAAGGUAGAGAUCCAGUGUCAAAAACAGAAUGGAAAAUGGAAUGGAAAAUGAACGAAUACAAAGCCAUUCAAAGAUCAGAAGCUUCCUCGUCAAGCACUAAUGCUAAUCCAGUGCUAAGGCAUGAAUACAGUUUGUGUCGUGUGUACAACACUUCUAAAUACCGGCGAGCAUUUGAUAGAAGGCCAGUUGGGUUGGAGAUAAGCCAGCCGAGGGUUGCAGAAGUUGGGGGCAAUUUGACAAUAACUCAUCAAAAUCCUCCAUUAAUGGGGGAGGGAAGAAGCACACAUGAGAGCUCACUCCUACAAGAAUAUGGCAACUCUGAGAGUAGUAAUAAUAUGGUAGUAAUGCCUAUAGAUAAUGAACCAAUAUGGGAUUGGGAGCACUUGUCUUAUUGGGAUUAUGAUGGCAAAUAUAUAGAAAUUUGAA